AGCAAAAACGCGAGCAGUGCAUUAGCUGCGGUCACGGCAGCGGCAAACUCCAGCCAUGUUUGAUUUGGAUGGCUUGGAGCAAGUCGAUCCCAGCCCUUCGGAGGUCAACUUCCAGAUCGAGGGAACCGUGGUGCCAUUCCGCUGGAACACCAGUGCCAUCACCGUUGAGGAGGUUUUGAAGACCUUCGAGAGUUGGGGUGUGCCGUAUGUGAAUCGCAUCCGCUUUUUAGCUGCAGAUGGCAGGACAUCCUGUGCCAAAGCGGAAGCUUUGCCGGUGGCUCCAGCGAUCGUGAGGUUGGAGGGUCCUGGCAGCGUCUUGACAGCUGUCAAAGUCUCGCUGAGCAAGCGGAAUCCGGCUCCGGGGUCAGGGGGCGACAAUGCCUCUGCGUCGUCUGCCAAGCCGAAACCUGCGCCCGCAACAAAGAAGGUGGGCCUCGGUCCAGUGCAUCGUUCGGCAUUUCGGCAGUACCAGGCGGACCUCCGUGGAAAGGUUGAUCCUGAGGCCGCUCAAACAGUGGAAGAUGAACGGCGACGCAUUCGCGAGGAGUUCCUGCGCAGUGCUGAAACAAGGAGGAAGGAGGAGCAAGACAGGUGGGCCCGAGAGGAAGCAGAGUGGGCCAGCCGCCGGAGAAGUCAACGGGGCCGCGGUCCGUAGCUGCAGCGAGCUGACGAUGCCUGGCGGGACUCUUCCGAAAA